AUGCAAAUAUUCCAACAUUUAUAUAGUGCUAUACUGCUGCUAGGCGCGGCAUUUUUCAACGGAAUUACGCCAAUCUCCAACAACUUGGAAAAUGGUUUUACACAAUGCAAUGCAUACACUGACAUAACCGGCAGAAUACAUGGAGAUUUUAAUCCCCAAAAUAUAUGUAUUGUUAGAGACGCAAACCUUGGGAAUGAAAGCCAAAAUGUGUUAGCACAUAUAGACGCUUUUAAGAGCCCCCAAGACCCAACAACAGAAAUGGAAAUUCGAUACCGUAUUUUGAAUGCGAAAGACUUAAGACUAGAAAUAGACCAAUUGCACAAACAGAAUGAUUGCAUGGCGCCUGAAGCCAUACAAAAUUCAACAAAAACAAUUGUUUUGGAUAAUUAUGAUAUUUUCUGCGGAGUAAGUUUGAAUGACUAUAGGGAACCGCUAGACAACGUCAUCCCCACCGCCAUUGGCGCAGACCAUGAGACUGAUAAACUCAAACUAAGCCGUGCGUUGCUUUCGAUUUUUUCCUCGCUGCCUAAAAGCUAUUUGAAAGAAGCAAUAACUCAUAUCAUAGCCCGGCACGAGGCCAAUGCAAACUACUUUAGAUCUCUAAGCAAGAUGAUAAACGGCUAUUGCAACUCCAUUGAAAUAAACAACGAAAGCCGGGAAAGUACAAAGAAAAUAAUGUGUACACAAACGGCUGCCAUGGUUUAUGAUGUGGUUAAAAACCAUAUGAUAAGUAGCGUCUAUAUAUUGCUAUCAAAGAAUCUCGAUAUCCUAAAAAAGAUCAAAGAAUUUGACGAGAAGGACCAAGAGUAUCUUGCGGUUGUAGCUACACAGUUGAGAACUGAACAUGGAAUGGUUUACCAGCUUUUUAAAGACUUCGACAUUGUUAAAGGCUACAUAAAUAGAAUGUUCCCCACUCAGGAUUCCUCCUCUGAAGACGAAAAUUAUUCAGAAACGGCCUCAUUUGAAGCAAAGCUAAGCAUACACAAUUCAGCUGUAAUCAGAAAUGACUUUUCUCUGCUAAAAUAUAUAACAUCUAAGGUGCUUGAGAAUUCUAAAACUAAGAAUCUUAAUAAUUUCAGUGCCGGAAUUUCUGUGCUUUUUAGCGAAUACUCGACACAAAAAAUUGAAAACGAAGUAAAGAAAGUUUGCUCGAACCCACUCAGCAGCAUUGAGACAGAUUUGGCAAGUCUAGAUGUAAUUUUUCAGGAGCUAACAAAAAUCCUGAAAAAAGAAGAUACUUUUGUUAUUUUAAAAGACAUUGAUUCUACAACAAAAAGCACUGAAUAUGAACUUUUCUUGAAAACAUUCAAAAAUCUUGAGCAAUAUAUAAAAAGCAAGGAAAAAACUGCAGAAAAGAAUGCACUGAAAUAUAAUAACGCCUUGAAUAUUAUAUGUAAAGAUAUGGAUGGUGUGUGCGAGUCUGGCCUUCCAAAAUUUAGAUUGCAUUCCAUAGGAAAUAUGAAGACAGAGCUUCCGAAUUCAAAAAAUCCUAUGCACGCUUCAAAUGACGCUAAUUCAUUAGUAAAUCCUGCUGGCCUGCCCAAUACCGGGUCGAGUUAUGAAAGAAGUCUCUCUGAAGCCGACAAUGGCUCGGAUUUCCAGACGACGGGAGCAAUUAACUCACCCGCCACCGAAAGCACUUCUAUUUCAACAGCAGAGCCCCGUAUCAACAGCAGCGAAUCUACUUUAAACAUACCUAGACCUUCUGCUGCUUCAGAGCCGGUUACAGAAUACGAAGCCGCCUCAAAAGCGGUUACAGAAGAUGUCGCUAUUUCAGAGCCGGUUACAGAAAAUAAUACUACUUCAGAGCCGGUUACAGAAAAUAAUACUACUUUAGAAGCGGUUACAGAAGACGAAGCCGCCUCAAAAGCGGUUACAGAAGACGAAGCUGUUUCAGAAGCGGUUACAGAAGGUAAUACUACUUUAGAGCCGGUUACAGAAGGUAAAGUCAAUACUGCUUCAGAAGCGGUUACAGAAGACGAAGAUGCUUCAGAAGCGGUUACAGAAAAUAAUACUACUUCAGAAGCGGUUACAGAAGACGAAGCCGCCUCAAAAGCGGUUACAGAAAGUAAUACUGCUUCAGAGCCGGUUACAGAAUACGAAGCCGCCUCAAAAGCGAUUACAGAAGACGAAGCUGCUUCAGAGCCGGUUACAGAAAAUAAUACUACUUCAGAGCCGGUUACAGAACACGAAGCCGCCUCAAAAGCGGUUACAGAAGAUGUCGCUGUUUCAGAAGCGGUUACAGAAGGUAAUACUACUUUAGAGCCGGUUACAGAAGGUAAAGUCAAUACUGCUUCAGAAGCGGUUACAGAAGACGAAGCCGCCUCAAAAGCGGCUACAGAAAACAAUACUACUUCAGAGCCGGUUACAGAAAAUGUCGCUGUUUCAGAAGCGGCUACAGAAGAUGUCGCUAUUUCAGAGCCGGUUACAGAAGACGAAGCUGCUUCAGAGCCGGUUACAGAAAGUAAAGUCAAUACUACUUCAGAAGCGGUUACAAAAGAUGUCGCUAUUUCAGAGCCGGUUACAGAAAGUAAAGUCAAUACUACUUCAAAAGCGGUUACAGAAGACGAAGCUACUUCAGAAGCGGUCACAGAAAAUGUCGCUGCUUCAGAGCCGGUUACAGAAAGUAAAGUCAAUACUACUUCAGAAGCGAUUAUAGAAGACGAAGCUGCUAUAAAGGAUAAAGUCACUACGGAAGCUGACCCUCAGACGGAGAAUAUCAAUCCAAAACACAAAAUCCACAUGGCGAGCAAUCCAAAUAUGCAGGCUAAUCCAGAACUAUCGAGAAUUACUCAAGGCCACAAACUUUCAGAUGAUCCGAGUGCAAAUAAGACAAGAAAAGGCACAGAAGUCGAUUUCAAGGCAAUCAAAAUAAAAUCGCACAAAAACAAAUCAGAUUCCUAUGAAGUCAUCAAUCAUAUACAAGGCAGUGGCAGUGGCGAUGGUGAUGAUGAACCUGGCGAUGAUGAUGAUGCCGCUGGCGACAACAAUGACGCUGGCGACAAAGAUGAAGCCAAACCAGCUGUGCCCCUCAAUGGAAAAACCAAGUCAAUUGCAGCAGGGAAAAACUCAGCUAAUUUGGGCAAAUCCAGAAACAGCAAAGGAAAAAAUAGCACAAAAGCAUCUACUAACAAGCGUAAGAAAAGCAAACUCGAUGCAAUGCAUUCGUCUGCCGAUAGGGUAGCCCCCUUGGCAGCAGUCAGUGCUUUAGGAGCUGCUGCCUAUGGCCUUUACCGUAGAAUGUAA